AGCAGUUGGCCUCGCUGUCAUGUGGCGGGGUGUCCCCGUCUGCCUACGAAUCUUUCUGCAGUGGCGGCUGGUGCUCUGGUCCCACAGCUUUGCCAGGUCUUGGGGUGGCUGUAAGGAGGCGAUGGCUGAGGCGCUCUGUACCCAGGCCGAGGCAGCGGGAGAGUUGAAGGCUCUGGUUGAGCAAAAUGGAGAGUCCGGUAGUGACGGGAGCGGAGAGCCGCUCCCCGAGGGCCGGGAGCCGCCUGCGGUGGGGGAACAGGUCCCAGCUCCAGUCGCCGACUCAGGCAAGAGGAAGAAGCGGCGAGGCGCUGCCGGGGAACGGGUCGUGCCGCCCCCGAAGAAACGGCGCACUGGGGUCAGCUUUGGCGAUGAGCACUUUGCAGAGACCACCUACUACUUCGAGGGCGGCCUGCGCAAGGUGCGGCCCUAUUUCUUUGACUUCCAGACCUACUGUAAGGGUCGCUGGGUGGGCCGCAGCUUGUUGCACGUCUUCAGCACCGAGUUCCGAUCCCAGCCACUGGCGUACUACGAGGCUGCAGUCCGGGCGGGACGCCUGCAUCUCAACGAGGAACCAGUUCAGGACCUCAGCAUCGUGCUCAAGGACAACGACUUCCUGCGGAACACGGUGCACAGACAUGAGCCACCAGUCACAGCAGAGCCUAUUCGCCUGCUAGCUGAGAACGAAGACGUGGUUGUGAUAGACAAGCCAUCCUCCAUUCCUGUCCACCCCUGUGGCCGCUUCCGACACAACACGGUCAUCUUCAUCCUAGGCAAGGAGCACCAGCUGAAGGAGCUGCACCCGCUGCAUCGGCUCGAUCGCCUCACCUCAGGAGUGCUCAUGUUUGCCAAGACGGUUGCAGUCUCGGAGAAGAUCCAUGAGCAAGUUCGGGACCGGCAGCUGGAGAAGGAGUACGUAUGCCGCGUUGAAGGGGAGUUCCCUGACGAGGAGGUAAUUUGCAAGGAGCCCAUCUUAGUGGUGUCUUACAAGGUAGGAGUGUGCCGUGUUGAUCCCCGGGGCAAGCCCUGUGAGACUGUGUUCCAGAGACUGAGCUACAACGGCCACUCCAGUGUGGUACAGUGCCGACCACUUACAGGCCGUACUCACCAGAUCCGAGUCCACCUCCAGUUCCUGGGCCACCCCAUCCUCAAUGACCCCAUCUACAAUUCAGCUGCCUGGGGUCCUUCUCGAGGCCAGGGUGGCCACAUUCCAAAGACAGAUGAGGAACUUCUCCGGGACCUGGUUGCUGAACAUCAGGCCAAAGAAAGCCUGAAUGUGCUAGAUCUCUGUGAGGGUGACCCGGCCUCAGGACUCAUGGACUCCACUGCCCCCUCUUCGGAGUUGGCCAAGGGCAGCCUGGAAGAGUUGCCUACAGUAGACCAGAAGAUAGAUGGAAUAGCUGAGGCAGCCUCUCAGGAUCUGCACACACCAGAGAAGCCAGCCGAAGCAGAUGUUCCGAAUCAAGAAACAGACCCACUCUGUGCAGAGUGCCGGGUGCUGCGACAGGAUCCCUUGCCCCGAGAUCUUGUGAUGUUCCUGCACGCCCUCCGCUACAAAGGGCCAGACUUUGAGUAUGUCUCACCCAUGCCAGUCUGGGCGCAGGAUGACUGGCAGGAAGACUGAGGGGUGUGGCCAGUGGGAGAAUGGCUUCUUGGGUUGAUCUAGGAUGGGCCUUGGCCGGGGACUGAUCGCAUUGGUUGCUACUCAGGGUUUGGGGAAGAGUGAGGCUUCAUUGUAAAGGAAUCUGCUUGUACUUGCUACCUCCUUCCUUUGAGUUCAUUUGGGAACUUGCAGGGCUAUAAAUAUACCCGUUUUUUCUAGCA